GUACGCGGCGCGCGGGGACAAUGUCCGCACACUCUCCCGUGCCCGGCUGCCGCAGCCACUGCGGCCCGUGGCUGGCCCUUGGCGCGGCCUGGCCCUGGGUCAGACGCGAACGGCUCGCGUCUGCGAGGCGCUGACCCCGGCGCCCUGCUGACGCUCCCGAAGGGCAACGCUGGCCGGACACGGCCCAGCCUCCACACCCCGUCUCUCUGCCCCUCCCUCCUGCCUUCAGAGGCUCGCCUGCCGCCGCCGACCCGGCCGCCACGCAGAAGAGCUGCCGCGCAGGGACGGUGCUGUGUCCAGUCUCGCCCGCCCCCCGGUAGCGAUGAGGCCGUGGGGCAGACGGUACUUCCCGCUGCUGGCAGGCCUGGCAGUGGCCAUCGCCCUUACGGAGGCCGCGACCUUUUUAUCUCACCAGUAUGCCUCUCAGUUCCUGGUGAGGAAACGUCGAGCAAAUUCUUUUAUGGAAGAAAGUAAGAAGGGAAAUCUAGAAAGAGAGUGCAUUGAAGAAUUAUGCAAUAAAGAAGAAGCCAGGGAAAUCUUUGAAAAUAAUCCUGAAACUGAAUAUUUUUAUCCCAAAUAUUUAAGUUGCCUUGCUGCCCAUCGAGCAGGGAUUUUCAGGGUAACUGCAGUUACUCCAGAUUCUCCAGCUGAUCUAAGGGCUUGUGUCAACGGAAUUUCAAACCAGUGUAGUCCUCUGCCAUGCCAUAAAGAUGGCUAUAAGGAUUGCAUAGAUGGACAGGCCAAAUACACAUGUAUCUGUAAACCAGGAUGGCAAGGAGAGAAAUGUGAAGAAGAUAUAAAUGAAUGUGAAGACUUAAAUGGAGGCUGUAGCCAACGCUGUUCCAAUUUACCUGGAAGCUACCGUUGUUUGUGUGAAGAUGGUUACUUCAUGCAUCCAGAUAAACGGGAGUGCGGAGAUAUAAAUGAAUGUGUGUUAGAUCCAAACAUCUGUGGGACAGCCAUCUGCAAAAACACCCUAGGAAAAUACGAAUGUGCAUGUGCAGAAGGGUACACAUAUAAUUCAACUUCCAAGAACUGUGAAGAUAUUGAUGAAUGUGCUGAAAAUGUUUGUGCUCAACUCUGCGUAAAUUCUCCAGGAAGUUACAGCUGCUAUUGUGAUGGCAAGAAAGGGUUCAAGCUCUCUAAGGACAUGAAGAGCUGUGAGUCUGUUACUGCAUGUAUCCCACUGAAUCUUGAAAAGAAUUAUGAACUGCUUUACCUGGCAGAGCAAUUUAUAGGAACUCCCGUUCUGUACUUAAAGUUUAAAUUGCCAAACAUCACCAGAUUUACAGCAGAAUUUGAUUUCCGAACAUAUGAUGCAGAAGGAGUUAUACUAUAUGCAGAAUCCCUUGACAAUACAGCAUGGAUCUUGCUUGCUCUUCGUGAUGGGAAGAUUGAAAUUCAAUUCAAGAAUGAAUUUGGAACAAAAGUCACCAGUGGAGGCAAAGCCAUUAAUGAUGGAUUGUGGCAUAUAAUAUCAGUUGAAGAACUGGAACACAGCAUCAGUGUAAAAAUAGCUAAAGAAGCUGUGAUGAGCAUUAACAGUCCAGGAACUCUUUUCAAGCAAUCACAAAGUUUCCUGGAAACUAAAGUGUACAUUGCUGGAUUACCUCACAAAGUGGGCAACAGUCUUGUUAAGCAGAUUAACCCUCGGCUAGAUGGGUGCAUUCGUGCCUGGAACCUGAUGAAUCAGGGACAUUCAGGUGUGAAAGAAGUAAUUCAAGAAAAACAAAGCAAACACUGUUUAGUAUCAGUGGGGAGAGGAUCUUUCUACCCUGGCACUGGAAUGGCAGCAUUUCAGAUAAACUAUAACAAUCUUGACAGUGAUGAAGACUGGCUAAUAAAUGUGACUCUGACUAUUCGCCCAUCCACAGACACUGGUGUCAUGUUUGCCUUGGUUUCUAAUGAAACAGUGCCACUUGCUUUGUCCAUAGUGGACUCUAACUCCUCUGACUCACAGAAAAUCAUUGUGACUGUUGGAAACAUCACUGUUGCACAUCUGGAAUCAAAGAAAUUAUGUACACCCAGAAAAGUGCUGAUUGGACUUGUAGUAACGAAACAGCAGCUUGAACUGUCUGUUGAUUCACACACAGACAGAAGCAGUUCAGAGCAACUGUCUCUCUUGCAUCAAGCAAUGAUGGCAAAUAUUGUUACCUAUUUGGGUGGCCUACCAGAUGUUCCUCUGGGUGCUACAUUAGUAACCGCUUUUUAUAAUGGCUGCAUGGAGGUGAAGGUCAACAACAGACAGCUGGAUCUGGAUGAAGCCAUUUCUAAACACAAUGACAUUAGAUCUCACUCGUGCCCACUGGUUAUGCAGUAGCCUUUCAAUUCUUAAUUUAACUGUUCUCUUUCAGAUGUAAUUUGUGUAAUUAGUCUCACACCACAAGUAAGCCUGUGUGAUUCUAUUCAAGAUGUGACAGGAAAAUAGUCAACGGGGUGGUUUUCCUCUCUUUUACACACAGCUGGGGGGAAAUACCCUCUCUCUUCACCUGCAAAGAGACAAUCAAGAACAGAAUUCUGUCAAACCUUCUUUUCUUCACAUCAGUGAUAAAUCUUACAGGGUAAAUUUAUCGUCUGUGUUCAUACUACACUCUUGAUACAUUCAGUUUUGAGAGAGAUAUUCAGGAAGUUCUGUUUAGAACUAAUUUCAAUUCUUAAUUUUCAUGUAUCAGCAAAAAAAUUACAAGUUGCAGAUUCUGUUAAUGUAUUUGAAGCUAAAGACUUUCUUGGGCAUAGCAUACAAAGAAAA